CGCCCAUCCACGCACAAUUAUUUGUGGGACUUCCGGCUCCAGUUCGCUCACCGCCUACUCCAACCCGCCUGACCCAGCCCCAGGCCCAGUGACAUGCCAUACACCCACCACCCGAGAUCGGGACGCCGCCAUGGCCGCGCUUAGGGACCGGGGGUACGCCGCCAUUAAGCUCUUCGGCCGCACCAUCCCGCUCCUCGACGCCGCGGCCGAGGUUGUCACCAAGCUUGGAAAUGAUGCAAACAGCAAUGAUGUCAUGCCUUGUGUCUCAAACAAGCUUUUGAAUGUCGAAGCAACUCCUUUCUGUUCCAAGAAUAGAGAGCAGAAUGAUCAAGCUAUCAGCAAACAUGGGGUGGAAGUGAGAACUGGUUUCAAAUCUGAGGAGAUUAAAACUGGGUCUGAUGGAUCUGGCCAAGACAAGGUACUCAAGAAGCCUGAUAUAAUCGUGCCAUGCCCUCGCUGCAAUAGCAUGGAAACAAAGUUCUGCUACUUCAAUAAUUACAAUGUUAGCCAGCCUAGGCACUUCUGCAGGAAUUGCCAGAGGUAUUGGACCGCUGGUGGAAAUAUUAGGAAUGUCCCUGUAGGUUCUGGAAGACGCAGAAAUAAGCAUGCCUCUCACUUCCGCCAUGCUAUGAUGUCGUGUGAUGCUAACAUAGCUGCUCCCGGAGAUGUUUCCAAUGAGAUCCACCAUCUAGCUCUUCCACUUUUACCGCAGGUUCUUCCAGGGCCAAUUAAAGAAAAUAAAACAGUAAAGGAGUUCGGAUCUCAAGUGCCAGUUUGUAAGCCUAUGUCCUCAAUCCAUAAUAUUGAAGAACAGAAGGAUACUCACCUUGUUGCCUUGGCCUCUGGUGAUAAUAGCGAAGAACAAUCAUGUCCAUCUCCAGCGACAGUGUCGGGUUGCUCAGAAAAUCAGACGCCGGAUAGCGCAGUUAAAAAAGAACCAAGCAAUGUGUUAGGAUACUAUAAUGGCAUCACAUUGCCUCACCCUCACGGACCUGCUUUGGUGUUUCCCUGGAGUCCUGGAUGGAACAGUAUUGCUGUAAUGGCAGCUGCUCAGUGCUCAACAGAGCCCAUUCAAGGGUUGGAAAAUGUGAAGCACGGUCUGCCGCCGUGGGCGCCUCCAUUGAUGAUGGCAGCUCCAGGAAUUUGCACGCCUGUUGUUCCCUUUCCUAUGAUGCCACCACCACUUUGGAGCUGCAUUCCUGGUUGGCCUAAUGGAAUGUGGAGUUCACCAUGUCCUGGAAAUAAUGGCCCUCCAAACAAAAUCACAUGCUCAGAGGACAAUUCUCCUACACUUGGAAAGCAUUCAAGAGAAUCAGACCUGCAAGAAGAGAAUAGGGAAAACAACGUACAGGUCCCUAAAACUCUAAGAAUUGAUGACCCAGCUGAGGCCACAAAGAGUUCGGUCCGGGAUACUCUAGGCAUCAAACCUGAUGAGAAAGGCAUGUUUAAGCCUUUACAGAUGAAGGUUCUAAAAAAUGACAAGACACCAGAAUCUCCACAGGCUCUGCAGGCCAAUCCAGCGGCCUUUUUGCGCUCUCAGUCGUUUCAGGAGAGGACUUGAGAAGCUUGAUCUUUUGUUUCUAACCAAUGCCAUCAGCCACCAAUGAAUGUUGUUGGGGGAUAUGCCCAGUAUGGUCAGUGUUUUUUGCAGGGCAUCGUCUUGAGUUUAUAUGUUCCUAGACUGCAAGCACUCCUACAGCCAACUCAAAUCAAUUAAAGAUCUACCAGUGCUCAACUUUUUGUUCAGCCAUUGUGUAGGUUGGUGAGAUGUUUCUGCUUCUUCAGGGAGUAUAUUUAUGUAAAACAUGCAGCGAGUUUUCUAAGCACUGGUCAAGUUUGGAAAGUGGCAUGGUUCAUCGAAAUGGUCAGCGAAACAUAGAGAACUAUGGUCUGCUGGAAUUCAGAGCAUGCUCCAUCUGCAAGCAUGAGACCUAUAGCCCUUACAUUGAUGAAGCCAAAAUGUUAAUUAUGAUGUUCUCUUCCGUUUUAGGAGGAUUGAUGCUCUGAUGUUUGUAUGUAGCUAACAUGUUCUCAAGUUUAUGAAAUGAUUGUUAUGCUAA